AUGCCGAUUGUCAAGAUCCACGCCCGGUCCGUCUACGACUCCCGAGGCAACCCGACGGUCGAGGUCGACGUCGUUACCGAGACUGGCCUUCACCGUGCCAUUGUUCCUUCCGGCGCUUCCACCGGUCAGCACGAAGCCUGCGAGCUCCGCGAUGGUGACAAGUCAAAAUGGGGCGGAAAGGGUGUCCUGAAGGCAGUCGACAACGUGAACUCGAUCAUUGGCCCCAAGCUGAUUGAGAAAAACAUCGAUCCCACCGACCAAUCUGCUGUCGACAAGUUUUUGAUUGAGCUAGAUGGCACUGAGAACAAGACCAACCUGGGUGCGAAUGCAAUUCUCGGUGUUAGUCUUGCCGUUGCAAAGGCCGGCGCAGCCCAAAAGGGCGUCCCGCUAUACGCACAUGUUUCGGACCUUGCGGGGACGAAGAAGCCAUAUGUGCUCCCGGUGCCUUUCAUGAACGUCCUCAACGGAGGUUCCCACGCCGGUGGCCGUCUUGCGUUCCAGGAAUUCAUGAUAGUUCCCGAUCAAGCACCUACUUUCUCCGAAGGCCUUCGUUGGGGCGCCGAGGUGUACCAGAAAUUGAAGGCUCUGGCAAAGAAGAAGUACGGCCAGUCCGCCGGCAAUGUUGGUGACGAGGGUGGUGUCGCUCCAGAUAUCCAAACCGCCGAAGAGGCCCUUGAUCUCAUCUCGGCUGCCAUUAAGGAAGCUGGAUACGAAGGCAAGAUGAACAUUGCCAUGGAUGUCGCCUCGAGUGAAUUCUACAAAGAGUCGGAGAAGAAGUACGAUCUGGACUUCAAGAACCCAGACAGCGAUCCGAGCAAAUGGCUCACCUACGAACAAUUGGCCGACCUCUACAAGUCCCUGGCCAGCAAAUAUCCCAUUGUCUCGAUUGAGGACCCAUUCGCCGAGGAUGACUGGGAGGCUUGGAGCUACUUCUUCAAGACCAGCGACUUCCAGAUUGUUGGUGAUGACUUGACCGUGACGAACCCUAAGCGCAUCAAGAGAGCCAUUGAGUCCAAGGCCUGCAACGCUCUUCUGCUCAAGGUCAAUCAGAUCGGCACGCUCACCGAGUCCAUCCAAGCUGCCAAGGAUUCCUACGCAGCUGGCUGGGGUGUGAUGGUCUCGCACCGCUCCGGCGAGACGGAAGAUGUCACCAUUGCUGACAUAGUGGUCGGCAUCCGAGCUGGUGAGAUCAAGACCGGUGCGCCCGCCAGAUCCGAGCGUCUGGCCAAGCUCAACCAAAUCCUGCGCAUUGAGGAAGAGCUGGGCUCCAAUGCUAUCUAUGCCGGCAGCAACUUUCGCAAGGCUGUCACCUUGUGA